GGUGUUGGCUUGUGGGUGGUCUUGUGAAGUAUAAAAAGACAUGCUCCUAUUCUUAAACAGCUCAGUUGAAUAAACUCUCCUCACACAAUACUUAUCUCUCUUCUCUCUCUAUACCUCUGAAGAUUUUUCUCCAGAGGUGUGAGAGAUAUCAAACUCCAUUCAUCAUCUUCAUAGUUUCUAACGGUAUUAACCGUCUGAUCUAUCCAUCGUUGUUGCGGUACGCUAUCGAAAAUGGGCGGCGACAAGGCUCUCAGCCUCGAAGGGAUUAAAAACGAGACCGUCGAUCUGGAAAAAGUACCGAUCGAAGAGGUGUUUGAACAGUUGAAAUGUAACCGUGAAGGUCUUAGCUCCGACGAAGGAGCCCAACGUCUUGAAAUUUUCGGACCCAACAAAUUGGAGGAGAAAAAGGAAAGCAAAAUCCUCAAGUUUCUUGGGUUUAUGUGGAACCCCCUAUCAUGGGUCAUGGAGGCUGCAGCCAUCAUGGCGAUUGCACUCGCUAACGGCGGUGGUAAGCCGCCAGAUUGGCAAGAUUUCGUUGGUAUCGUUUGCCUGCUUGUUAUCAACUCCACCAUCAGUUUCAUCGAAGAAAACAACGCUGGAAACGCUGCCGCUGCACUUAUGGCCGGUCUUGCACCUAAAACCAAGCUUUUGAGGGAUGGCCGAUGGAGCGAACAAGAAGCUGCUAUACUGGUUCCCGGAGAUAUCAUCAGUAUCAAACUUGGUGAUAUCGUUCCUGCUGAUGCGCGUCUUCUUGAAGGUGAUCCCUUAAAGAUCGACCAAUCUGCGCUUACUGGAGAAUCUCUCCCGGUCACCAAGAACCCAUACGAUGAAGUGUUCUCCGGUUCAACUUGCAAGCAAGGUGAACUUGAAGCCGUUGUCAUCGCUACUGGCGUCCACACCUUUUUCGGAAAGGCUGCACAUCUUGUGGACAGCACAAACCAAGUGGGACACUUCCAAAAGGUUCUAACCGCAAUCGGAAACUUCUGUAUCUGCUCCAUUGCUGUCGGAAUGGCUGUUGAGAUUAUCGUUAUGUACCCGAUCCAACAUAGAGAGUACCGAUCCGGGAUUGACAAUCUUCUGGUGUUGCUUAUUGGUGGAAUCCCGAUCGCUAUGCCUACUGUUCUUUCGGUCACUAUGGCUAUCGGCUCACACAGGCUUUCGCAGCAGGGUGCGAUCACUAAACGGAUGACUGCUAUUGAAGAAAUGGCGGGAAUGGAUGUUCUUUGCAGUGAUAAAACCGGAACUUUGACGCUAAACAAGCUUACGGUUGAUAAGAAUUUGAUCGAGGUGUUUGGUAAAGGCUUGGAUAAGGAGCAAGUGUUGCUUUACGCUGCUCGCGCUUCUCGAAUGGAAAACCAAGACGCUAUCGAUGCAGCCAUCGUCGGAACGCUUGCUGACCCCAAAGAGGCACGAGCUGGCAUUAGAGAGGUCCAUUUCUUCCCGUUCAACCCUGUCGACAAGAGGACUGCGUUAACGUACAUUGAUAAUAACGGCAACUGGUUUAGAGCUAGCAAGGGUGCGCCUGAACAGAUAUUGACACUUUGCGGGUGCAGGGAAGAUCUCAAGAAGAAAGUUCACGCGAUGAUUGAUAAAUUCGCCGAACGUGGGUUGAGAUCUUUGGGUGUUGCAAGACAGGAAGUGCCUCAAAAAUCGAAAGAUAGCCCGGGUGGUCCAUGGGAAUUCGUUGGAUUGUUGUCUCUCUUUGAUCCACCAAGGCAUGACAGUGCCGAGACCAUUAGAAGAGCUCUCAAUCUCGGUGUAAACGUCAAGAUGAUUACUGGUGACCAACUUGCUAUUGCUAAGGAAACUGGAAGACGUCUUGGUAUGGGAACAAACAUGUACCCUUCGUCGUCUUUACUUGGCGGACACAAGGACGAAUCAAUUGCUGGACUUCCAGUAGACGAGUUGAUCGAGAAAGCUGAUGGAUUCGCCGGAGUUUUCCCUGAGCACAAGUAUGAAAUUGUGAAGAAACUACAAGAGAGGAAGCACAUUUGUGGUAUGACCGGAGAUGGUGUGAACGACGCGCCUGCGUUAAAGAAGGCGGAUAUUGGUAUUGCGGUUGCUGAUGCUACCGACGCUGCAAGAAGUGCUUCCGACAUUGUGCUUACCGAGCCUGGGCUCAGUGUGAUCAUCAGUGCUGUGCUUACCAGUAGAGCUAUUUUCCAAAGAAUGAAGAAUUACACCAUCUACGCCGUUUCAAUCACCAUUCGUAUAGUGUUUGGAUUUAUGUUCAUCGCGUUGAUAUGGAAGUUUGACUUCUCGCCUUUCAUGGUUCUUAUCAUCGCAAUCCUCAACGACGGUACUAUCAUGACAAUCUCGAAGGAUAGAGUGAAACCAUCUCCGUUACCCGACAGCUGGAAGCUAAAAGAGAUCUUCGCCACUGGAGUUGCUCUCGGAGGUUACUUAGCUUUAAUGACAGUUAUCUUCUUCUGGAUCAUGAAGGAUACCGACUUUUUCUCAGAUAAAUUUGGUGUGAAAUCUUUAAGAACCAGUGAAACCGAGAUGAUGGCCGCUUUAUAUCUACAAGUCAGUAUCGUAAGCCAAGCUCUCAUCUUCGUCACCCGUUCUCGUAGCUGGUCGUUCGUCGAACGACCUGGCUUCUUACUGAUGGGCGCUUUCCUAGCAGCACAACUGGUAGCAACUGUAAUUGCGGUAUACGCAGAGUGGGAAUUCGCGAGAAUUAAAGGAAUCGGAUGGAAAUGGGCUGGUGUUAUCUGGCUUUACAGUAUAGUGUUUUACUUCCCUCUUGAUAUUAUGAAGUUUGCCAUUAGAUACAUCCUUAGUGGCAAGGCUUGGCUCAGCAUGAUUGACCAAAGGACUGCUUUCACAACAAAGAAGGAUUAUGGUAGAGGAGAGAGAGAGGCCCAAUGGGCUCAUGCUCAAAGAACUUUACAUGGGCUUCAAGCACCUGACACAUCAAAUCUCUUUAAUGAGAAGAGCAGCUAUAGAGAACUGUCGGAAAUCGCUGAACAAGCCAAACGACGCGCUGAAGUUGCAAGGCUUCGGGAGGUGCUUACGCUCAAGGGUCACGUUGAGUCAGUGGUGAAACUGAAGGGGCUCGACAUUGAUACAAUUCAACAGCAUUAUACAGUAUGAGGAGCUUUUGAUAACGGGGCGGUUUUUUAACUUAUUACAGAAUCGAGGCUAGCUUAAAAUCCUUGUUAUAACCAUGGAGAGCAGCGUUGUAUGCUGCGAUGCAGCCUCGAGUGUUUAAAGUUUAUGUUAUCGUGUAAAAUUUCCAGAGUAUAAUCAUAAACGGUUUGUGUUUGGUCGUGUCUUGUUAUCAAAAGUUGGAACAUUUUCUAUAUGACUUAUUUAGUUUCUUUUGACCUUUA